GCUGGUGCAUUGGAUUUGCUGAAAGAGCUUAAGAAUAUUCUCAUGACUCUGGAAUUAUUACAGUCCACGAGAAUUGGGAUGUCUGUCAAUGCUAUUCGUAAGCAGAGUACAGAUGAAGAAGUCACAUCUUUAGCCAAAUCACUCAUCAAAUCCUGGAAAAAAUUAUUAGAUGGUCCAUCAACUGAUAAAGACCCUGAAGAAAAGAAAAAAGAACCUACAAUUUCAUCACAGAAUAGCCCUGAAGCAAGAGAAGAAAGUAGUUCCAGCAGCAAUGUAAGCAGCAGAAAGGAUGAGACAAAUGCUCGAGACACUUAUGUUUCAUCUUUUCCUCGGGCACCAAGCACUUCUGAUUCUGUGCGGUUAAAAUGUAGGGAGAUGCUAGCUGCAGCUCUCCGGACGGGAGAUGACUACGUUGCUAUUGGAGCCGAUGAGGAAGAACUGGGAUCACAGAUUGAGGAAGCUAUAUAUCAAGAAAUACGGAAUACAGACAUGAAAUACAAAAACAGAGUACGGAGUAGGAUUUCAGUUCCUAAAGAUGCAAAGAAUCCAAAUUUAAGGAAAAAUGUGCUGUGUGGGAAUAUUCCUCCUGACCUAUUUGCUAGAAUGACAGCAGAGGAAAUGGCUAGUGAUGAGCUCAAAGAAAUGAGGAAAAACCUGACCAAAGAAGCCAUCAGAGAGCAUCAGAUGGCCAAGACAGGUGGGACCCAGACUGACUUGUUCACGUGUGGCAAAUGUAAAAAGAAGAACUGCACUUAUACACAGGUGCAGACUCGUAGUGCUGAUGAACCAAUGACAACGUUUGUUGUAUGUAAUGAAUGUGGAAAUCGAUGGAAGUUCUGUUGAGUUGGAAGAAUCGGCAAGGUAUCUGGACCAUUAAGAAAAAUGGGAUUUUAUAAUUAGCUUUAAAAUUAGGCCAGGCAACUUAUUUCCCUGCAAAUGAUAUUUGUAAACAGUACACAUCCCAUGGGUUGGUUUUUGUUUCUCGCCUAACAUCUUUCUUAAAGGCGUUCCGUGGUUUCAGUUCAGCCAGGAGACCAUAGAAGAAUUAGAUAAUGUGUCGCAUUUUUUUAUUUUUAUAAGUAAGCUUAUGUUACAUUUUGUUAAAUAUUAAUGUUUUGAGUCUGGAACACACAAAAAUUCUGUUGUUCUUCAUUAAUGCAUAAAGACAAAUUGCUUUUCUCAUCGGUAUGUACCUAAAAUAUUAAUGGAGAAGAAAAGGAGUAAUAUAAACAUCAGAGUUACAAAAUAUGUAUUCCAGUAGUACUUGACAAGCUUAUCAAAAUUGUGUAUGCUAUUUGAAAUAGUAUUUGAAUUGCUCUUAAUUACCGUGCUCACAAAGCCUCGGAUCCCUAGAUUUGCAUCUGUGACUAACAGCAGUGAUCAUUUCUUGUAUUUCUCAUUUAUGUAUAUUACUGUUUUUAAUAGAUUUUUCUUUGAGAAUUGACUUAAUUGCAAUCAGUUUGGUUUUAUUUGACUUUGCACUCUAUUUUAGUUUCACAGAACUCUGUUAAAGUUUCUAGGCUUCUCACAAAGCCACUCACAGGCAUACUUCUGGUGACUUUUCCCCCAUAAGAAGACAUGCUAGGAAGGAAAUGUCAGCAUCUUUGUAGAGUUCCUUGAGGCAGCAUGACUGGACUUGCACUUGGGAAUCUACUGACUAAGGACUAAGCCUAAGAACUGUGUUAAUCAUUAAGCUGUGCUCUUUGCUUAUGAAGGUUGCAAAAAGAAAAAGGAAAAUCUUUUAGUCUGAAUCUUUUGUGCUUUUUUUCUUACAUGAUGAUGUUGAGCCCACUGAAAUGUAGGCUGUAGCAAGUAGUUUUACAAUACAUAUGUCACAAUUAA